UGGGCGGCACGUCCCUUCCCCCCAUCCACUGCCCACUCAAACAAGAGUCUCUCGCAGCACAGAGGCUGGCCUGCGCGCUUUGGCUCUCUCAUUCCCCUUAUGGAGAAUUAUCGUCAUCAUUUCCACAACCUGAUUUCGAUGAAUGGAUUACAAAGAAACUAAAAGCUGAAACCUCAACUCAAACAAACUCCUUUUUAUCAUUGUUCUUCUCCUCUUAUAUCCAUUCAUGGCGCCAACUCUUACUUCAAAUUCCUUCCUUCUAACAACCACCCCGCAUUCAAGAAUCAGUCCCAAGAAUCACAGGCUAACUGUGUUUGCCAAGAAGGCUGGACCCUUCUCGCCUUUCGGCAAAACAGCCGAUGAUUCUUCCCCCGACGAAGCCCAGAGUUCAGGCAAUUCGAGCCCCUUUCGCUUUGACUUCAGCAAAUUGCCUGAUGUGAAAUCGUUGGUUCCAGUGGUGGCCAACCCAUCGUCGGGCCUGGGUAUUGGGGGGCAGAGGCGCAAGGACCCCGGAACGGUGUUCGUGGCGGGGGCGACUGGGCAGGCAGGCAUCCGCAUUGCCCAAACGCUUCUCCGCCAGGGUUUUAGUGUCAGAGCUGGUGUGCCUGACCUUGGUGCUGCACAAGAGUUGGCUCGUCUGGCCGCCAAGUACAAGAUCAUUUCUAAUGACGAAUCAAAGAGGCUGAAUGCUGUUGAUUCCAGCUUCGAGGAUGCAGAAUCAAUUGCAAAAGCAAUUGGAAAUGCUAGCAAAGUUGUAGUCACAAUUGGUCCAGCAGAGAAUGGGCCAAGUGCUGAAGUAACGACGUCUGAUGCCCUGCAAGUGAUUGAGGCUGCACAAUUGGCAAAUGUCGGUCAUGUGGCGAUAGUCUAUGAUGGAUCUUCUGCAAUUUAUUCCACCUAUAACGUUCUUGAUGGUAUCUCAUCCUUCUUCAAUAACCUCUUCUCGAGAUCUCAGCCCUUGACGAUAGCAGAAUUUCUGCAGAAAGUGGUGGAAACUGAUGUUAGCUACACUCUCAUAAAGACCAGCCUAACGGAAGACUUUUCCCCUGAGAGUUCAUACAAUCUUGUUGUCACGGCUGAAGGAAAUGCUGGUGCGAACGACUACAAAGUUGCAAAAUCACAGAUAGCUUCACUGGUGGCUGAUGUCUUUACAAACACGGCUGUUGCAGAAAACAAGGUCGUUGAGGUCUUUACCGAUCCAUCAGCACCCUCAAAGGCCAUUGAUGAACUUUUCAGUGCCAUUCCGGAGGAUGGAAGAAGAAAGGCAUAUGCUGAAACCCUUGCGAAAGCAAAGGCAGAGGAAGAAGCUAUCAAAGCAUCAGAUCAAGCUCGUGAAGCAGCUGAAGCAACAAGGAAGCUCGAGGAAGAGGUGAAAAAGCUGGAAGAGCAAGAAGCUCGAGCUGCCAAUCUAGCAGCAGAAGCCCAAAAGAAAGCAGAAGCUGCAGGAGCAUCGGUCGAGAGCUUCUUGGAAAAAGCCAAAGGUGUAUCUUGGGAAAACUUGAGUUCGCAGCUUAAAUCAGCUGUUCAAAAGCUCGAUAAUGAACCAAAAGUGCAGAUUGCCACAGUCCGUGGCCAGGCCAAGGCUCGGUCUCUGCCUUCCCUCAAGGCAGUAGUGAAAAAGCCAGCUCGGCAGCCGAAGGAUAUUCCACAACCAAAAGCUAAACAAACAGACACCAAGAAAGAAACAAGGAAGGUGUUU